AUGCACUCCUCCGGGGGCCGGGUGACCACUCUCUCCCGUCUGCCCUCCUCCGGACCAGGUGAUGACCCAUACACGCACAGUGGCCAGGCGCGGCGCGUUGGAGGGGCGGGGCCUGUGAUCGGCGCCCCACACCGCCCGCCCGCGGAUGGGUCCGCGCAGGCGCUGGGGGGCGGGGCCUCCUCCCGCGUGGCUCCCGGCCGCGUGGGAGGGGGGGGGCGCUGGGCGGGGGCGGGGGCGGCGGCGAUGGGGGGGCCGCCGGGGGGGUCCGGGGCGGUCCGCUGGGUGCUCGGCCCGGAGCCGCUGCGGCUCGGAGGCGGCGCGGAGCGGGAGCGGGAGCGGGAGCGGGAGCGGGCGGCGGACGCGGCCCCCGACGGAGACCGCGGCCACAUCGUGCGGGUGCGGCCCAGCUGGAGCUACACCGCCUUCGUCACCGGCGGCGGGCGGGGCGGCCGGCUGGUGCUGUCGGGCUCCGUGGGCGGCGGCGGCCUCCCCUCCGGCUGCCGGGACGCGCUCGCCUCCGAGCGACACCUGCUCCUGCUCCGGGCGGAGGGGCCCGAAGCUGGCGGCGGCGGCGGCGGGGAGGCGGAGGAGGCGGAGGAGGAGGAGGAGCUGCAGGCCUGGGCCGCCGGGGCCGGGCUGCGCGGGGAGCCCCUGUGGAGGCGGCCGCUGCCCCCGGCCCCGGCCCCGGCCCCGGCCCCCGCCGAGGAGUCCCCGGCCGCCUCCCCGGAGCUGCCCCUGGUGCGGGGUCCCGGUUGGGCCAGCCCCCGGCCCCCCUUCUACCGGCCGCUGGCCGGGGCGCCGCGGGUCCGGAGCCUGGCCCUGGGCGGACAACACGCGCUGCUGCUCGCCCACGCCGGAGCCCUCUUCGCCUGGGGCGCGGGAAGGCACGGGCAGCUGGGCCACGGGACCCUGGAGCCGGAGCGGGAGCCGCGGGCGGUGGAGGCGCUGCAGGGGCUGCCCGGGGCCCGGGUGGCGGCCGGAGCCUGGCACUCCCUCUGCCUCACCGAGACUGGAGAUGUGUACGUGUGGGGCUGGAACGAGUCAGGGCAGCUGGCCCUUCCCUGCAGAGCCCUGAGCGGGAAGCCAUCAUCAUCACCACCGCCCGCCCAGGCCGGAGAAGGAGCCGCCCAGCCUGGAUCGAUUAGCCACGACGUCCAGAAGCCGGACGGGGAUGGAGACGGGGCCGAGGACCGGUUUAUCACGAUCCAGCCAUUCCCUGCGCUCCUGGACCUGCCCGGGGAGCAGGAGGCCAGCAAUGCCAGCUGCGGGUCCCGACAUACGGCCGUGGUGACCCGCAGCGGGGAGCUGUACACCUGGGGCUGGGGUAAAUACGGGCAGCUGGGCCACUCGAACAGAGCCAGCUUGGAUCGGGCCCAGCGGGUGGAGUAUUUCAGUCAGCACCAACUGCGUGUGGAGGCGGUGACCUGUGGCCCCUGGAACACGUAUGUGUACGCCGUGAGCCGAGGGCCGCCGACCUCACCCUCCCGCCCUGGAGCAUCAGAGGCUGCCGCUGAGCCCAGGUGACCGCCGGACUUUUGCCAUUAGCGGCGCUUUGGGGUCCAGGCCAGUGGAUGGGGGGUGAGGGGGAGAGAGAGGAAGCUACUGUUUGCCCCCCAUGAAGGGCUGGUAGAAACUGCAUUAAAAUGUUUACCCGUGUUUGUCUGA